AUGGGCAGCACAAGAAGCGAUACAACUGAUACAGAAUCCAACAGCCCACCUGCCCUCACAAACAAAGUCUCCUCUACUGCUUCUGCAGCUGCUGAGUUGGGUGAUAAAACUACAACUUUUGUAGGAACCAAUACAGUGACUCACCUAAGCACUACAGGAGAGACCCCAGCAGAAAUAUCUUCCAACAGUCCAGCCACAACUGGAUUCUCCACAGUAACAACUCUGCCUUUGUCAACAAGAAGCACAAGGGAUGGCCCAGCAACUUUAAACCCCUUAGAAACAGAAUCCAGCACCUCUUCUUCCUCCUCACCUGUAUCAAAGAGUGAUUCUCAGGCAAGCGAGCAAACUGCUUCUAAUGCUGUCAGUGGGCACAGAUCUACUGUCCCAAGGAAUGGACGCACUGAAGAAACAUCUUCUACACCUUCUGCGACUGUCACGGAAUCCAGCUUGGGCAUUACAUCCACCAAAGGUGCAUUGUCACCAGUUACCUCUGAAGUGAGUACACAGGGGGACAUAACAACUUCCUCUAACAAACCAACUUCGAACGAUGUAACAGCAAGAGACCGGAGCCAUUCCUCACUGCAUUCCACUGCUGCAGAGACACCCAGCACAGAUAGAGAGACAUCAGUUCUUCCAGUGAGCAUUGUAGUUCUGGACAGCAGUACAGUGGCACCAACUGCCACAUCCCUUUUGACCACAAAUAUUCCUCCGCAGACAGAGGUUUCUCUAAUCACUGGCAGUAGUAAUACCGUUCCAAAGACAGUACCCAUGGGCAGCACAAGAAGCGAUACAACUGAUACAGAAUCCAACAGCCCACCUGCCCUCACAAACAAAGUCUCCUCUACGGCUUCUGCAGCUGCUGAGUUGGGUGAUAAAAGUACAACUUUUGUAGGAACCAAUCCAGUGACUCACCUAAGCACUACAGGAGAGACCCCAGCAGAAAUAUCUUCCAACAGUCCAGCCACAACUGGAUUCUCCACAGAAACAACUCUGCCUUUGUCAACAAGAAGCACAAGGGAUGGCCCAGCAACUUUAAACCCCUUGGAAACAGAAUCCAGCACCUCUUCUUCCUCCUCACCUGUAUCAAAGAGUGAUUCCCAGGCAAGCGAGCAAACUGCUUCUAAUGCUGUCAGUGGGCACGGCUCUACUGUCACAAGGAAUGGACGCACUGAAGAAACAUCUUCUACACCUUCUGCGACUGUCACGGAAUCCAGCUUGGGCAUUACAUCCACCAAAGGUGCAUUGUCACCAGUUACCUCUGAACUCAAUACACAGGAGGACAUAACAACUUCCUCUAACCAAGGGACUCUGAACGAUGUAACAGCUAGAGACCGGAGCCAUUCCUCACUGCAUUCCACUGCUGCAGAGAUACCAAGCACAGAUAGAGAGACGUCAGCUCUUCCAGUGAGCACUGUUAUUCUGGACAGCAGUAUAGUGGCACCAACUGCAACAUCCCGUUUGACCACAAAUAUUCCUCCGCAGACAAAGGAUUCUCUCAUCACUGGCAGCAGUAAUACCGUUCCAAAGACAGUACCCAUGGGCAGCACAAGAAGCGAUACAACUGAUACAGAAUCCAACAGCCCACCUGCCCUCACAAACAAAGUCUCCUCUACUGCUUCUGCAGCUGCUGAGUUGGGUGAUAAAAGUACAACUUUUGUAGGAACCAAUCCAGUGACUCACCUAAGCACUACAGGAGAGACCCCAGCAGAAAUAUCUUCCAACAGUCCAGCCACAACUGGAUUCUCCACAGAAACAACUCUGCCUUUGUCAACAAGAAGCACAAGGGAUGGCCCAGCAACUUUAAACCCCUUGGAAACAGAAUCCAGCACCUCUUCUUCCUCCUCACCUGUAUCAAAGAGUGAUUCCCAGGCAAGCGAGCAAACUGCUUCUAAUGCUGUCAGUGGGCACGGCUCUACUGUCACAAGGAAUGGACGCACUGAAGAAACAUCUUCUACACCUUCUGCGACUGUCACGGAAUCCAGCUUGGGCAUUACAUCCACCAAAGGUGCAUUGUCACCAGUUACCUCUGAACUCAAUACACAGGAGGACAUAACAACUUCCUCUAACGAAAGAACUCUGAACGAUGUAACAGCAGGAGACCGGAGCCAUUCCUCACUGCAUUCCACUGCUGCAGAGACACCCAGCACAGAUAGAGAGACGUCAGCUCUUUCAGUGAGCACUGUAAUUCUGGACAGCAGCACAGUGGCACCAACUGCAACAUCCCGUUUGACCACAAAUAUUCCUCCGCAGACAGAGUUUUCUCUAAUCACUGGCAGUAGUAAUACCGUUCCAAAGACAGUACCCAUGGGCAGCACAAGAAGCGAUACAACUGAUACAGAAUCCAACAGCCCACCUGCCCUCACAAACAAAGUCUCCUCUACUGCUUCUGCAGCUGCUGAGUUGGGUGAUAAAAGUACAACUUUUGUAGGAACCAAUCCAGUGACUCACCUAAGCACUACAGCAGAGACCCCAGCAGAAAUAUCUUCCAACAGUCCAGCCACAACUGGAUUCUCCACAGAAACAACUCUGCCUUUGUCAACAAGAAGCACAAGGGAUGGCCCAGCAACUUUAAACCCCUUAGAAACAGAAUCCAGCACCUCUUCUUCCUCCUCACCUGUAUCAAAGAGUGAUUCUCAGGCAAGCGAGCAAACUGCUUCUAAUGCUGUCAGUGGGCACAGCUCUACUGUCACAAGGAAUGGACGCACUGAAGAAACAUCUUCUACACCUUCUGCGACUGUCACGGAAUCCAGCUUGGGCAUUACAUCCACCAAAGGUGCAUUGUCACCAGUUACCUCUGAACUCAAUACACAGGAGGACAUAACAACUUCCUCUAACCAAAGAACUCUGAACGAUGUAACAGCAAGAGACCGGAGCCAUUCCUCACUGCAUUCCACUGCUGCAGAGAUACCAAGCACAGAUAGAGAGACGUCAGCUCUUUCAGUGAGCACUGGUAUUCUGGACAGCAGUACAGUGGCACCAACUGCAACAUCCCAUUUCACCACAAAUAAUCCUCCGCAGACAGAGGUUUCUCUAAUCACUGGCAGUAGUAAUACCGUUCCAAAGACAGUACCCAUGGGCAGCACAAGAAGCGAUACAACUGAUACAGAAUCCAACAGCCCACCUGCCCUCACAAACAAAGUCUCCUCUACGGCUUCUGCAGCUGCUGAGUUGGGUGAUAAAAGUACAACUUUUGUAGGAACCAAUCCAGUGACUCACCUAAGCACUACAGGAGAGACCCCAGCAGAAAUAUCUUCCAACAGUCCAGCCACAACUGGAUUCUCCACAGAAACAACUCUGCCUUUGUCAACAAGAAGCACAAGGGAUGGCCCAGCAACUUUAAACCCCUUAGAAACAGAAUCCAGCACCUCUUCUUCCUCCUCACCUGUAUCAAAGAGUGAUUCUCAGGCAAGCGAGCAAACUGCUUCUAAUGCUGUCAGUGGGCACGGCUCUACUGUCACAAGGAAUGGACGCACUGAAGAAACAUCUUCUACACCUUCUGCGACUGUCACGGAAUCCAGCUCGGGCAUUACAUCCACCAAAGGUGCAUUGUCACCAGUUACCUCUGAACUCAAUACACAGGAGGACAUAACAACUUCCUCUAACCAAAGAACUCUGAACGAUGUAACAGCUAGAGACCGGAGCCAUUCCUCACUGCAUUCCACUGCUGCAGAGAUCCUAAGCACAGAUAGAGAGACAUCAGUUCUUCCAGUGAGCAUUGUAGUUCUGGACAGCAGUACAGUGGCACCAACUGACACAUCCCUUUUGACCACAAAUAUUCCUCCGCAGACAGAGGUUUCUCUAAUCACUGGCAGUAGUAAUACCGUUCCAAAGACAGUACCCAUGGGCAGCACAAGAAGCGAUACAACUGAUACAGAAUCCAACAGCCCACCUGCCCUCACAAACAAAGUCUCCUCUACUGCUUCUGCAGCUGCUGAGUUGGGUGAUAAAAGUACAACUUUUGUAGGAACCAAUCCAGUGACUCACCUAAGCACUACAGCAGAGACCCCAGCAGAAAUAUCUUCCAACAGUCCAGCCACAACUGGAUUCUCCACAGAAACAACUCUGCCUUUGUCAACAAGAAGCACAAGGGAUGGCCCAGCAACUUUAAACCCCUUAGAAACAGAAUCCAGCACCUCUUCUUCCUCCUCACCUGUAUCAAAGAGUGAUUCUCAGGCAAGCGAGCAAACUGCUUCUAAUGCUGUCAGUGGGCACAGCUCUACUGUCACAAGGAAUGGACGCACUGAAGAAACAUCUUCUACACCUUCUGCGACUGUCACCAGAUCUAGCUUGGGCAUUACAUCCACCAAAGGUGCAUUGUCACCAGUUACCUCUGAAUCGAAUACAGAGGAGAACAUAACAACUUCCUUUAAGCAAAGAACUGUGAAUGAUGUAACAGCAAGAGACCGGAGCCAUUCCUCACUGCAUUCAACUGCUGCAGAGACACCCAGGAGAGAUACAGAGAUGUCAGCUCUUCCAGAGAGUACUGUUACUCUGGAGAGCAACACAGUGGCACAAAGUACAAAAUCCCGUUUGACCACAAAUAUUCCUCCGCAGACAGAGGUUUCUCAUAUCACUGGCAGUAGUAAUACCGUUCCAAAGACAGUACCCAUGGGCAGCACAAGAAGCGAUACAACUGAUACAGAAUCCAACAGCCCACCUGCCCUCACAAACAAAGUCUCCUCUACUGCUUCUGCAGCUGCUGAGUUGGGUGAUAAAAGUACAACUUUUGUAGGAACCAAUCCAGUGACUCACCUAAGCACUACAGGAGAGACCCCAGCAGAAAUAUCUUCCAACAGUCCAGCCACAACUGGAUUCUCCACAGAAACAACUCUGCCUUUGUCAACAAGAAGCACAAGGGAUGGCCCAGCAACUUUAAACCCCUUGGAAACAGAAUCCAGCACCUCUUCUUCCUCCUCACCUGUAUCAAAGAGUGAUUCUCAGGCAAGCGAGCAAACUGCUUCUAAUGCUGUCAGUGGGCACGGCUCUACUGUCACAAGGAAUGGACGCACUGAAGAAACAUCUUCUACACCUUCUGCGACUGUCACGGAAUCCAGCUCGGGCAUUACAUCCACCAAAGGUGCAUUGUCACCAGUUACCUCUGAACUCAAUACACAGGAGGACAUAACAACUUCCUCUAACCAAAGAACUCUGAACGAUGUAACAGCAGGAGACCGGAGCCAUUCCUCACUGCAUUCCACUGCUGCAGAGACACCCAGCACAGAUAGAGAGACGUCAGCUCUUCCAGUGAGCACUGUAAUUCUGGACAGCAGCACAAUGGCACCAACUGCAACAUCCCAUUUCACCACAAAUAUUCCUCCGCAGACAGAGGUUUCUCUAAUCACUGGCAGUAGUAAUACCGUUCCAAAGACAGUACCCAUGGGCAGCACAAGAAGCGAUACAACUGAUACAGAAUCCAACAGCCCACCUGCCCUCACAAACAAAGUCUCCUCUACGGCUUCUGCAGCUGCUGAGGUGGGUGAUAAAAGUACAACUUUUGUAGGAACCAAUCCAGUGACUCACCUAAGCACUACAGGAGAGACCCCAGCAGAAAUAUCUUCCAACAGUCCAGCCACAACUGGAUUCUCCACAGAAACAACUCUGCCUUUGUCAACAAGAAGCACAAGGGAUGGCCCAGCAACUUUAAACCCCUUGGAAACAGAAUCCAGCACCUCUUCUUCCUCCUCACCUGUAUCAAAGAGUGAUUCCCAGGCAAGCGAGCAAACUGCUUCUAAUGCUGUCAGUGGGCACGGCUCUACUGUCACAAGGAAUGGACGCACUGAAGAAACAUCUUCUACACCUUCUGCGACUGUCACGGAAUCCAGCUUGGGCAUUACAUCCACCAAAGGUGCAUUGUCACCAGUUACCUCUGAAGUGAGUACACAGGGGGACAUAACAACUUCCUCUAACCAAAGAACUCUGAAUGAUAUAACAGCUAGAGACCGGAGCCAUUCCUCACUGCAUUCCACUGCUGCAGAGACACCCAGCACAGAUAGAGAGACGUCAGCUCUUCCAGUGAGCAUUGUAGUUCUGGACAGCAGUACAGUGGCACCAACUGACACAUCCCUUUUGACCACAAAUAUUCCUCCGCAGACAGAGGUUUCUCUAAUCACUGGCAGUAGUAAUACCGUUCCAAAGACAGUACCCAUGGGCAGCACAAGAAGCGAUACAACUGAUACAGAAUCCAACAGCCCACCUGCCCUCACAAACAAAGUCUCCUCUACUGCUUCUGCAGCUGCUGAGUUGGGUGAUAAAAGUACAACUUUUGUAGGAACCAAUCCAGUGACUCACCUAAGCACUACAGCAGAGACCCCAGCAGAAAUAUCUUCCAACAGUCCAGCCACAACUGGAUUCUCCACAGAAACAACUCUGCCUUUGUCAACAAGAAGCACAAGGGAUGGCCCAGCAACUUUAAACCCCUUGGAAACAGAAUCCAGCACCUCUUCUUCCUCCUCACCUGUAUCAAAGAGUGAUUCCCAGGCAAGCGAGCAAACUGCUUCUAAUGCUGUCAGUGGGCACGGCUCUACUGUCACAAGGAAUGGACGCACUGAAGAAAUAUCUUUUUCACCUUCUGCGACUGUCACGGAAUCCAGCUCGGGCAUUACAUCCACCAAAGGUGCAUUGUCACCAGUUACCUCUGAACUCAAUACACAGGAGGACAUAACAACUUCCUCUAACAAACGAACUCUGAACGAUGUAACAGCAAGAGACCGGAGCCAUUCCUCACUGCAUUCCACUGCUGCAGAGACACCCAGCACAGAUAGAGAGACGUCAGCUCUUUCAGUGAGCACUAUAAUUCUGGACAGCAGCACAAUGGCACCAACUGCAACAUCCCGUUUGACCACAAAUAUUCCUCCGCAGACAAAGGAUUCUCUAAUCACUGGCAGCAGUAAUACCGUUCCAAAGACAGUACCCAUGGGCAGCACAAGAAGCGAUACAAGUGAUACAGAAUCCAACAGCCCACCUGCCCUCACAAACAAAGUCUCCUCUACUGCUUCUGCAGCUGCUGAGUUGGGUGAUAAAAGUACAACUUUUGUAGGAACCAAUCCAGUGACUCACCUAAGCACUACAGCAGAGACCCCAGCAGAAAUAUCUUCCAACAGUCCAGCCACAACUGGAUUCUCCACAGAAACAACUCUGCCUUUGUCAACAAGAAGCACAAGGGAUGGCCCAGCAACUUUAAACCCCUUAGAAACAGAAUCCAGCACCUCUUCUUCCUCCUCACCUGUAUCAAAGAGUGAUUCUCAGGCAAGCGAGCAAACUGCUUCUAAUGCUGUCAGUGGGCACAGCUCUACUGUCACAAGGAAUGGACGCACUGAAGAAACAUCUUCUACACCUUCUGCGACUGUCACGGAAUCCAGCUUGGGCAUUACAUCCACCAAAGGUGCAUUGUCACCAGUUACCUCUGAACUCAAUACACAGGAGGACAUAACAACUUCCUCUAACCAAAGAACUCUGAACGAUGUAACAGCAGGAGACCGGAGCCAUUCCUCACUGCAUUCUUCUGCUGCAGAGAUACCAAGCACAGAUAGAGAGACGUCAGCUCUUCCAGUGAGCACUGUUAUUCUGGACAGCAGUACAGUGGCACCAACUGCAACAUCCCAUUUGACCACAAAUAAUUCUCCGCAGACAAAGGAUUCUCUCAUCACUGGCAGUGGUAAUACCGUUCCAAAGACAGUACCCAUGGGCAGCACAAGAAGCGAUACAACUGAUACAGAAUCCAACAGCCCACCUGCCCUCACAAACAAAGUCUCCUCUACUGCUUCUGCAGCUGCUGAGUUGGGUGAUAAAAGUACAACUUUUGUAGGAACCAAUCCAGUGACUCACCUAAGCACUACAGGAGAGACCCCAGCAGAAAUAUCUUCCAACAGUCCAGCCACAACUGGAUUCUCCACAGAAACAACUCUGCCUUUGUCAACAAGAAGCACAAGGGAUGGCCCAGCAACUUUAAACCCCUUAGAAACAGAAUCCAGCACCUCUUCUUCCUCCUCACCUGUAUCAAAGAGUGAUUCUCAGGCAAGCGAGCAAACUGCUUCUAAUGCUGUCAGUGGGCACAGCUCUACUGUCACAAGGAAUGGACGCACUGAAGAAACAUCUUCUACACCUUCUGCGACUGUCACGGAAUCCAGCUUGGGCAUUACAUCCACCAAAGGUGCAUUGUCACCAGUUACCUCUGAACUCAAUACACAGGAGGACAUAACAACUUCCUCUAACCAAAGAACUCUGAACGAUGUAACAGCAAGAGACCGGAGCCAUUCCUCACUGCAUUCCACUGCUGCAGAGACACCCAGCACAGAUAGAGAGACGUCAGCUCUUUCAGUGAGCACUGGUAUUCUGGACAGCAGUACAGUGGCACCAACUGCAACAUCCCAUUUCACCACAAAUAAUCCUCCGCAGACAGAGGUUUCUCUAAUCACUGGCAGUAGUAAUACCGUUCCAAAGACAGUACCCAUGGGCAGCACAAGAAGCGAUACAACUGAUACAGAAUCCAACAGCCCACCUGCCCUCACAAACAAAGUCUCCUCUACGGCUUCUGCAGCUGCUGAGUUGGGUGAUAAAAGUACAACUUUUGUAGGAACCAAUCCAGUGACUCACCUAAGCACUACAGGAGAGACCCCAGCAGAAAUAUCUUCCAACAGUCCAGCCACAACUGGAUUCUCCACAGAAACAACUCUGCCUUUGUCAACAAGAAGCACAAGGGAUGGCCCAGCAACUUUAAACCCCUUAGAAACAGAAUCCAGCACCUCUUCUUCCUCCUCACCUGUAUCAAAGAGUGAUUCUCAGGCAAGCGAGCAAACUGCUUCUAAUGCUGUCAGUGGGCACGGCUCUACUGUCACAAGGAAUGGACGCACUGAAGAAACAUCUUCUACACCUUCUGCGACUGUCACGGAAUCCAGCUUGGGCAUUACAUCCACCAAAGGUGCAUUGUCACCAGUUACCUCUGAACUCAAUACACAGGAGGACAUAACAUCUUCCUCUAACAAACCAACUCUGAACGAUGUAACAGCAAGAGACCGGAGCCAUUCGUCACUGCAUUCCACUGCUGCAGAGACACCCAGCACAGAUAGAGAGACGUCAGCUCUUUCAGUGAGCACUGGUAUUCUGGACAGCAGUACAGUGGCACCAACUGCAACAUCCCAUUUCACCACAAAUAAUCCUCCGCAGACAGAGGUUUCUCUAAUCACUGGCAGUAGUAAUACCGUUCCAAAGACAGUACCCAUGGGCAGCACAAGAAGCGAUACAACUGAUACAGAAUCCAACAGCCCACCUGCCCUCACAAACAAAGUCUCCUCUACUGCUUCUGCAGCUGCUGAGUUGGGUGAUAAAAGUACAACUUUUGUAGGAACCAAUCCAGUGACUCACCUAAGCACUACAGCAGAGACCCCAGCAGAAAUAUCUUCCAACAGUCCAGCCACAACUGGAUUCUCCACAGAAACAACUCUGCCUUUGUCAACAAGAAGCACAAGGGAUGGCCCAGCAACUUUAAACCCCUUAGAAACAGAAUCCAGCACCUCUUCUUCCUCCUCACCUGUAUCAAAGAGUGAUUCUCAGGCAAGCGAGCAAACUGCUUCUAAUGCUGUCAGUGGGCACGGCUCUACUGUCACAAGGAAUGGACGCACUGAAGAAACAUCUUCUACACCUUCUGCGACUGUCACGGAAUCCAGCUUGGGCAUUACAUCCACCAAAGGUGCAUUGUCACCAGUUACCUCUGAACUCAAUACACAGGAGGACAUAACAACUUCCUCUAACCAAAGAACUCUGAACGAUGUAACAGCAAGAGACCGGAGCCAUUCCUCACUGCAUUCCACUGCUGCAGAGACACCCAGCACAGAUAGAGAGACGUCAGCUCUUCCAGUGAGCACUGUUAUUCUGGACAGCAGUAUAGUGGCACCAACUGCAACAUCCCAUUUGACCACAAAUAUUCCUCCGCAGACAAAGGAUUCUCUCAUCACUGGCAGCAGUAAUACCGUUCCAAAGACAGUACCCAUGGGCAGCACAAGAAGCGAUACAACUGAUACAGAAUCCAACAGCCCACCUGCCCUCACAAACAAAGUCUCCUCUACUGCUUCUGCAGCUGCUGAGUUGGGUGAUAAAAGUACAACUUUUGUAGGAACCAAUCCAGUGACUCACCUAAGCACUACAGCAGAGACCCCAGCAGAAAUAUCUUCCAACAGUCCAGCCACAACUGGAUUCUCCACAGAAACAACUCUGCCUUUGUCAACAAGAAGCACAAGGGAUGGCCCAGCAACUUUAAACCCCUUAGAAACAGAAUCCAGCACCUCUUCUUCCUCCUCACCUGUAUCAAAGAGUGAUUCUCAGGCAAGCGAGCAAACUGCUUCUAAUGCUGUCAGUGGGCACAGCUCUACUGUCACAAGGAAUGGACGCACUGAUGAAACAUCUUCUACACCUUCUGCGACUGUCACGGAAUCCAGCUCGGGCAUUACAUCCACCAAAGACAGAGCUAAAAACAAGCAAGUGAAAAAUAAAAUAAGAAAAAACUUGCCACCUGAGAUGCAAAGGUUACUAGAUGAAGGAAAAAUGCGUAUAGUAAUCAACAAUCUUAGAAGUGGCAGUAUAGUUGUGGACUUUAUGAUUGUUUUGGAUGUAGGAGAAAAUUUAACAAAAACAGAGCUCACAGCUGCUUUUACAGAGGCCUUUAACAACAGUACAGAAUUUCAAACGGAUGGCAAUGGUACACUUAUAGAAGAAACGAAUAGUUGUGAGACGGGAUUUAAUGGUUGUUCUGAACAUGCCACAUGCAACGUUAGCGGGUCAUCUUAUUCCUGUCAGUGUCAGGCUGGAUUCACAGACUUUAGUCCCAAUGUACCUGGGAGAGAUUGCAGAGAACCAGCUGGAGAGCCGGUGACUAUUGCACCAUCAAAACAGCCAUCUACAUCAAAGCCAUCUGUUGAAAGCAUUAGCCCCACACAAGAAUCUGAAACUGCACCUGCAACUUCUAUAAACACGACAGUUCCGUUGCCAGUGCUGAGUCCACAAUCUACAUCACUGAUAUAUCCAACCACAGUAAAUUUAACAAAUUUAAUUACUUCCUUAAUAACUACUACACUUCAACCUACAAUUGAAGUCACUUCAACGAAUACUGUGAGUAAAGUGCCCACAAGUAACGUAACACUUAUCAGUCCUACUGGGAAUACUAUAAUUACAAGUACUGAAAUAGAUCAAAGUACUCCCACGGAAAAAACAACGCCAAUAUAUACAGACACAAUAGCAACUACAGAGAAACAUUUUUCAACACCUGCCAUGACUGAAACACGUGUAACUUUGCCAGUAUCUUCAUCAGUAGCUACAAAAGCCACAAAUACAUAUUCCAUAAAUAAUACAUCCCUGGAAACUACCCCCUUAGGAACAAUUGCGAUGCAGUCCACUGCAGCUCCUGUGUCUAAUGCAGUGCUAACAAAUGGCACUUCUAGGCCUUCUCCUGCUACGGACACUAAUGACAUAUCUACAGCCCCUUCCACAAUAAUUAGUGUGGACCCCACAAUAACACCUUCACCUGUUUCCACCACACCACUAUCCUUAUCAUCUACAGCUUCUUCUACAGAGAGAAUUUCUACAGGUUCAUCAGGUACAUCAGCUACUGAUACAACCAGAGUAACUACGAUUGUGGAACUCAGCACUAAUUCUGUGAGUUCAACCACAAGAAUUCCAACAACAUUUUCUACAAUCCCUGUGACAACUCCAUACAGGUCUAAAACUGUAACAUCUCAAGAGACUUUCAACAGGACGACAAGGUCUACAGUUAUAGUUACAGGAUCUACAACAAAUCCUAUUUUAACUACCACAUCAGGAGCUUGCACUUCACUUGAUUUUUCUAUACAACUUGAGAAUGUAACUAGUGACAUGAUACAAUUCAAUUGGACACCUCAAGGUGGCGGUAUAGCUUAUACAGCUUCUCUGUUCGGAGAUGAAGCAGUGAAAAAAAACACUACAUAUAAAACAAGCAUAGCAUAUGAACAUUUGCUUCCUGGCCAGGAAUACAUAAUAUCUGUGGAGGUUUUAAACUGUGGUGAGAAGACCAGUACUUCAAUGACGGUUCAGACAGCAUCCAAAAACUUCAAAGGACAAACCAGGUUGAUAGAUAAAGUGUUCAACCCUCAGUACAGAAACAAAUCAAGUGCAGCAUUUAAAGACUUCGAAAAGAAUUUCACUGAUGAGAUAGGGGGAAAAUUAACAGGCGAGUUCAAAAACUUAUUUGACAUGAGGAAAUUGCGUAUAGUAAUUGACAGUCUUAGCAAUGGCAGCGUGACUGUGCUCUUCCACAUGGUGAUGCCUGUGCAACAAAACUUAACACGAACAACAGUCUUCGAUGCUUUAAUAAAAGCCCUGAACAAAAGCGCUCUGGGGCGAGUGGACUUCAACAGCACUUUUGUAGAAGUGGGAAACAUCUGUGAAACAGUAUCAAAAGUCUGUUCUGAACAUGCCUCAUGCAUCCGUGAAGAGGCAACUUAUUCCUGUAAGUGUAAAGAUGGAUUCUAUGACAACAGUCCCCGUGUACCAGGGAGAGAUUGCCAAGACAUAAAUGAAUGUGCUACUAACGCAUCAUCAUGUUCACGCUUGGCCACAUGCAACAACACUGUAGGAAGUUAUGAAUGUAACUGUAAUCCAGGAAUAAAAGAUGAGAAUCCAACAAAUCCUGGAAGACAAUGUAAAGAUCCUGUUCUCUGCUUCAGCAGCGCUAACCUUUGCUCAACACAAAAUAAUGACUGUCUUGAUUCCAAAAAUCGGAUAUGCUCAAGUAAACAAGCUUUUGCUUGUGAAAUUUUGUUCAAAAACUUGGUGUUUGGUCCUGAACUUUAUAACUCUGAAAGCCAAAGGUAUCAGAAUUUGUCCCAAAGCAUCACAACAGACGUUGUUAAGCAAAUGCGAAUCAGCCUGAGAGAUGACAGCUUUGAUAUCAUAGUGGUUGGAUUUAGACGUGGGAGUGUGAUCGCCUAUUUUGUUUCUCUACUACAAGGACAACAGUACAUUGAUGCAAAUACUCUUCAAGCAAAUUUAAGUAAAAUAGUAAAGAAUGUGUUUGGUAAUGAAACUGAAGUAACUGUACAAUCAAUCCCAACAUCUUCUGAAACAAAUCUGGCCUGGAAAACAGCGGUGAUUGUCCUUGGAGUUCUACUUGGAGUUGCAUUAAUACUUGCUUUGCUGAUACUGUCAGUGUGCCUUUGGAUGAGGUCUACAGCUGGUGAAUAUUGGCUUGAACCUAAAGGACUUAUGGGAAAUUUUGCCUACCAAUACUUAUAA